CCGGUUGAAUCUACGAACAAAAGUGUUUUAGUGUAUCUUAAGCUAUAGCAAGAAUAUAACGUCACAUAACAAUACCAAUAUGAUUAGUCAUUUUAGUUUGAUUCUAUUGUGCCUUUCCGGCGCUUAUUGCAUACCGUCUGUAAUUAACUAUCUAGAUUUGAAUGGCUUCAAACAAGUUUUUAACAACCAAACCAAGAUUCCCGAAUGGGACACAGCUAUGGCCCAACAAAUACUUGCCGAAGAUUUCAAAGGUACUAAAACCCUUACUGACGUUAAGUCCGCUGUGGACUAUUUUAUGGGAAUUGCAGACAAAAGUACUGCGGGAGAUUUGGAAUGGAUCCGCGGCAUAAUCAAAACAGCUUAUGAAUGCACGUUUAGGAGGUACGCAACCAUAACCGCUUACUUAAUAUUUCAGGAUUUGUGGGAGCACAAAACCAACAUCUACUGGGCGAUAAAUCAUACGCAACUACAUUGUUCCGAAUUCGAUAUUCAAUCAAUAUUUCAAAAUAAAACAUAUCGAGAAACGCAUCGUUCGACGCAGUGGGAAAAAAAUAUAUUAGACUAUGACAUUAAAUUAGAAAAUAAAACCGCCGAAAAGUUAUUCGCAUUCCACCGUACCUUUUGUACGCAUAGGACGGAACUCCAUAAUUUUUGGGCAGGAUUCAUCGAGAAGAAGCUCGGUUUUAAAAUCAAGUACAACAUCUAUACCGAAGUGAUAAAAACGAGGUUUACAAACGAAUAUAACUUACCGCUUAUCGACACCCUCAACGAACUCAACUGUGUUAUCAACGAGGCGAUUCAAUUGUUCGACAGUUUCCCAGUAGACAAAUGUGUACCACACGACAACGGUUUUGUAAAGAACUUCGAAUCCCUAAAAACAGGCAUCCGCGGAGAUUUCACGGGGCUUCUAGCGUAUUUUGAUGCAAUGGUGGCCAAAGAGGCCAGUGUGGAUGGGCGGCAUGCAAAAUACAAUCGAGAAGGUCAUGUACCUUUGCCAUACCUGGAGGCCAGAGACGCUAAUUCGAAAUUGUACAGAGAUUUUUCAAAACCGAUCCCGGGAAAAUCGCAAGCAUUUGACCAUAUAACAGCUUCGGGUUGCUUCGUGGAGCACGUAGAAUUGGAGAUUUCAGGUUUGAAAACGGAUUUUGCAAAUACUAUCGACCCAAGGAACGUUUAUGGCCAUACCAACCUUGUACGCACAUCCGAAAUUAAAAUGAACCUUGUAGAAACCUCCCAUUAUAAGGAAAAAAGCGAUGUAAAAAUAGGUAUGAUAAUGUUUCGCAAUGGAGAUAAAUCGUUCAAAAAUUAUCCUGAAAGCAGCAGACACAUUCCAUAAACCAACACGGAAAAUCUAGGAUCUGAUAUCAUCAAUAUACAUUGACAUGUCUCAAUUAAUAAUCAAAUAUAUAAUCUAAUGUUAAAAUUACACAACUUAUUGUACAAUGAAUUAAAUAUGCAACUUAAAGGAUUUUUUUAAAAAGUCUUUUUCUAAAAUAAAGUAUAGUUAAAAUUUUUGACAAAAACGAAUAUAUUCCAAAACAAAAUUUUUUUUUCUCAUCCGUCUGUUUAGCUACUUUUAAAAUUGUAUUCAAACUGAAAAUGUAAAACCAAUAUCUUAUAAUA